ACUUGGAAAACCUUAAUUUUACAGGAUUUGAUUCACGCCAUUUUCAAGCUUGUAUGGAACAGAAAAUCUAUAGAGCGUGAGAGAAAUGAAGGCACUGACAAUCUAGAUAGCGAGGUUGGAGCUGGAACCUCAAAAAAGAAUCGGUCAACUACAGCUAAUGCGAAUGCUCUAAAGAUGAGCUCUGAGCUUCUUCGGCUCUUCGUUGCAGAAGCCGUGCAGCGUGCUGCUACAAUUUCUGAUGCUGAAGGUGCUAGUAAAAUAGAAGCAACUCACUUGGAGAGGAUACUCCCACAACUACUUCUGGAUUUUUGAGGUACUUCGGAAUUCUUUCUCUCACAUCCCCCUCUGAACAGUAAAAUCCUUGUCUAGAUGGUAUGCGAUGCUUAUUACUGCCUUGAUAUCUCCCCCAUAUAGUUUUCAAACUCAAGUUUCUUGUGCAAUGUUCUCACCCAAGGGGAAAAAAUUAUGAAGGACUUGCUAUAAAAUGUAAGAACAUAUAUAUAACCAGCGAGUACUAACGACUUCGUGAUUUAAUUUACCAUGAAAAAGAUCAUAAUAUCUUCUGCAAUUACA